AUGAAUUAUAGGACAAAUUCUAAAGACCAUGACGCUGAAAAUAUCAGGACUGAAAAGGAUAAUUUGUUGAGGAUAAAUCAGUACUAUAUCUCACAAGUCAGCGAAAUGGAAGUCAAAUUAAGCGAAAUAAAAGCAGCUUUCCAGGCUAAAGAAAGUGAGACUGAGCAUUAUAAAGAUCAAUUAAGGGUAUUGGAAUCAGAGCUGAAGAAGUUUUAUCCAGGUAAUUAUAAGACGAUUGAAGAGCUGGAAGCACAGGUUAUGUAUUUAAAAGAAGAAAAUUCAAGGCUUAAGCAGCAGUCUGAAGAGCUGGAAGAUAUAAAAAAUUAUUUUAAAUGAGAAUAUCAGGUUCUGCUGGAAUUCAUAUUUUAUGAUAAAUUUAGGAAAUAAAAUAAUAGGAAAGGGCAAGUUUUGUAGAAAAUGAUAUAUCACUGAUCUAAAAAUAAAAUUUGAACAUGCAUUGAGAAUGAAACAAAUUUUUGAAGAAAAAUAUAGAGAUGCUAAAUCACAGCUUAUAAAGGCUGAAAUGAGGAAAAGUGAGGAAGGAAGUAUUUUUGAAUAUAUAGACGAUGAGAGCACAAGUAUAGCAAAAUCUCAGGAUUUGGAAAAUCAUAAAGAAAGCAUACAAAAAACAGAAGCAGAAAAUAAGAUUUUGCGGGAAGAAAAUGAGAAUUUAAAAAGAAAGCUUAAAGAAAGCGAAGAUAAACUUGAAAAAUUGAAAAAUGAGCACAAAAAGGUUUUGAAUGAGUUUGGCGAAUUAAAAAAAUCUAAAACAGAAGAUCAGCAGAAACAUGAAAUCAAUUUACAAAGGGAAAAGGUUGAAAAAACAAAGCUCGAAAGCCCAAUAAAAGAAUUUGAAUCUGAAGAAUUGCAAAUUGAAGUUGGAAUUUCUAGUUUUAAAAAUCCAAAAAUUGAAAAAACUCAUGAAGAAGAGGAUUCUACAACUCCUUAUCGUCCUUUCGUAUACCUUUUAAUUUAAAUUUAUAUAUUUUAAUAAUUAUAAUAAACACAAUUAAUUAAUGAAUAAGGAAAGGAUAUCAAUAACUGAUAGGCUUUUUAAGUACUUAGACAAAGAAAUCUUGCCUGCCGCAAAUCCAAAAAAAGAUUUACCAAGGCCUAAUUACAAUCAAAGAUCAAAUUUGGAGCCAAUUAAAACAGAAGACCAACAAAUUGAUAUAAAACCCUUUGUUUCUUCAUUUGAUAGAAUCGCUAAGGCUAACCAAAUGCUAAACUCUGAGAAUUCACGCAGUGAAUCUCCCUCAAUUAAACAAAGUGACAUCGAUAAGUCAAGUUUCGAAAAAAAAAUUCCUGAUUUUCUAAUAGGCAAAACAGAAAAUAUUUCGCAAAUUUUGAAAAAUCCAAGUUUAGCUGAAAAUAAAACAGGAAAAGCCAUAAGUUUUAACGAAGAUAGCUCUCAAGGUGAAAGCUUUGCAGAUGAAUUUCCUGAGGAGGAUGAGCUAGUGUAG